ACUUGCACGGCUUGAGGAGUGGAUACAAAAGAAACUGGAGCUUGCAUGAAGGAUCACAUUGUUGCUCUGCACCGAUUCACGCCUAACGGAAUUGAUAUCAUUCUGAGACGGCGCGGGCUGUGAUAUUUCUCUGAUUCGGCUUCAGGAUGAUGAAGUUCAGGUUCAGACGGCAGGGGAACGACCCUCAUCGUGAGAAAAUCAAGCAGGAUCUGUUUGCAUUCAGUAAGACAGUUGAACAUGGAUUCCCAAACCAGCCAAGUGCUUUGGCCUAUGAUCCCAAACGGCAGCUUUUGGCCAUUGGAACUAAAUCAGGGGCCAUGAAAAUAUAUGGUGCUCCUGGGGUGGAGAUGACUGGACUUCAUAAAGACACUGCUGCCGUCACUCAGAUACAUUUCCUCUAUGGACAGGGGAGGAUACUUUCUUUGUUGGAUGAUAACACCAUUCACCUAUGGGAGAUUGUGCAGAGAGAAAACCGCUCGCAUUUAGUGGAGGUUCAUAGCUUCAACCUGCCUGGCAGGCCAGGCAUCGAGAGCACCAGAAGUGCAGUUGAGCGGCACUACAAAGAGAAUAAAUCUUCCAAAUGUUCCUUGGUGCAGAGUAGUGCUUGGUUUUGUCAUCUGUCUGUAGGUUUUCUGAAUCUUCAGAAUACGCCGAAUAAAAGCUUGCUAUUUGUAAUGUUAUUCACGUGUCUGGUUAUUCCCCUUUUCAGCGUUCCAGAGGAGUACAAGUGUGGAAAAUCAUUGGGGCCUGUGGAGUCCCUGCAGGAGCAUCCGCAAGACUCUGAUAAAAUCCUCAUUGGUUACAGCAGAGGUCUGGUUGUACUCUGGGACCUCAACAGUCGGCAUGUAGUCAACCUCUUCCUGGGAAAGCAGCAGCUGGAGAGUUUGGUCUGGGAACGGUCCGGGAACAGCUUUGUUAGUUCCCAUAGUGAUGGCGGAUACAUGGUGUGGGCUGUCAGCAGCAGCAAUCCCUGCACUCAUGACCCCAUCUCAUCCACAGUACCAUAUGGCCCCUUUCCCUGCAAAGCCGUGAACAAGAUCCUGUGGAGGACAACAGAAUCAGGAGCUCCUCUAGUGUUGUUCAGUGGCGGUAUGCCCAGAGCCAGCUAUGGAGACAGACACUGCUUAACCAUCCUCCAGGACAGCAACCACGUCACCCUGGACUUCACCUCGCGUGUCAUAGACUUCUUCACCAUUCACUGCACAGACAAAGAUAAGGAAUUUGAUGACCCAUCAGCGCUUGUGGUUCUUUUGGAAGAGGAGUUGAUAGUGAUUGAUCUUCAGAUGGCUGGCUGGCCCACUGUCCCUGCUCCCUAUCUGGCUCCUCUGCACUCCUCUGCCAUCACCUGUUCAUGUCACAUCUCAAAUGUGCUUCCCAAACUGUGGGAGAGAGUGAUCAGUGCAGGCCAGCAGCAGUGUCCUCUGCAGAACUAUGAGAAUUGGCCAAUAUGUGGAGGGAAAAACUUAGCAUCUGAUCCAAAGCAGAAAGAGCUGCUGUUAACUGGUCACGAGGAUGGUACAGUGCGUUUCUGGGAUGCGUCAGGAGUGUCGCUCAAACCGCUGUACAAACUGAGCACAGCCAACAUCUUUCAGACAGACUGCGACCACAACGACAGCCUGACGCAGGCCGGGGAGGAGGAAUGGCCUCCUUUUAGAAAGGUGGGCUGUUUUGAUCCAUACAGUGAUGAUCCCAGACUAGGAAUCCAGAAGAUCAGCGUCUGUAAAUACAGCGGAAAACUUGUGGUGGCUGGAACUGCUGGACAAGUUAUAGUUAUGGUUCUUAGCGAUGAGAAGUCCGAUCACAUGAUUGAUGUGGCCACGGUGGACCUGCUCCAGGACAGAGAGGGUUUUACGUGGAAGGGUCAUGACCGGCUGCCUCCUAAGAGCGGCUCAGUAGUGUUUGCUCCUGGAUUCCAGCCGGUUGUCCUGGUGCAGUGCAUGCCCCCCGCGGCCGUUACUGCGGUGACCCUGCACGCAGAGUGGAACCUCAUUGCCUUUGGCACCAGUCAUGGCUUUGGCCUCUUUGACUAUCAUCGACGAAGUCCAGUUCUGGCGAGGUGCACUCUACACCCCAAUGACUCUCUGGCUAUGGAGGGCCCGCUGUCUCGAGUGAAGUCUCUGAAGAAAUCUCUGCGCCAGUCCUUCAGAAGAAUCCGGAAGAGCAGAGUCUCGGGAAAGAAACGUGCUGUGGUUUAUAGUCCCACCAAUAAAGUGCAGGAGGCUAACGCUCAGUUGGCGGAGCACGAUGCUGAGGUGACACCAGUGCAGAGACGGAUUGAGCCCCGCUCUGCAGACGACUCGCUGUCUGGAGUGGUGCGCUGCCUCUGCUUCGCUGACACUUUCCUUAGAGAUGGAACACAUCAUGGACCUACAAUGUGGGCCGGCACGAACUCUGGCUCCGUGUAUGCAUACGCUCUGGACGUACCCUCACAGGAGAAGUUCUCUGAGCAGAGCGUGGAGGCGCUGCUGGGGAAGGAGAUCCAGCUCAUGCACAGAGCUCCAGUGGUGUCUAUCGCUGUGCUGGAUGGCCGAGGGAACCCUCUGCCGGAGCCUUACGAAGUCUCCAGAGAUUUGGCCAAAGCCCCAGACAUGCAGGGCAGCCACUCUGUUCUUAUUGCUUCUGAGGAGCAGUUUAAGGUUUUCAUGCUGCCUAAAGUAAGCGCGAAGACCAAGUUCAAGUUGACGGCCCAUGAAGGCUGUCGAGUACGAAAGGUGGCGCUGUCGAACUUCACCAGCGUUAGCUCUGAAGAGUACUCUGAGAAUGCUUUAGUGUGCCUUACCAAUCUGGGUGACAUCCACAUGUUCAGUGUGCCAGCACUGAGACCGCAAGUACGCUACGACUGCAUCCGCAAAGAAGACAUCAGUGGCAUUGCUUCCUGCGUGUUCACUAAGACUGGACAAGGAUUCUACCUGAUUUCACCCUCGGAGUACGAGCGCUUCUCGCUGUCAGCUCGUGUGAUCACAGAGCCGCUGUGCCGAGUGGAUGUGGAACGACCUCACGAUCUCUCUGCUCACAGUGGUUCCAGCACGCCGCUGCCACCACAGGCUAAUGGAACACACAAGACACAAGCAGAGAGCAAGUCUGUUGAAACUGAAGGGCUCUUGGAUGAAAUGCGGAGCGCCUUAUCCUCGCCCGUCCUGGAUUCUCCAAACAGCAGUGCUGACAUCACACUGGACACCACUGGAGAGCUCACCGUUGAGGACGUCAAAGACUUCUUGAUGACUGUGGAUGAAGCUGAGAAUAACUUCAGGAACAUCACUGAAGAAGAUGGGAGGCCUCCUGGAAUUCUCAUCAACUGAGGCGAGCUGGCAGACAGCUGGAGGAGCAGUUAUGGAUGAAGACUCAUCAGCUGAACUCGUUACUUCUGAUUGGGUCUUGACAGAGAGGUUUGACUCCGGA